AGCUACUUUAACUUUAACUACUACUUUCAAGUAAAGUACUUCCCUCCUCCUUCUCCUCCUCCUGCUACUACAGACGAUCAUGUCUGACCCCCUCGCAAACGGGCCGCCCGACUCGACAUACAGCUCCGUCGUGGUCAUAUCUACCACCCCACCGCCGCACGACCCCCCGCCGCCAUAUCCGUCACAGGAGCGGCGCACACGAGCACCGCGCACAGGCCGCAGACGUCGUACGCUUGAACAAGCGUCCGAGAACGCUUCGCAUGGCGCAGCCGAACACGACGCCUUCCGCCCACCAUCCACCAGCAAUUCGACUCGCCUCCCGCCCGCUGUGAUGGGUCGGCAGCGCACACUCUCGCUCACGAGCACCGUGCGCUCGACGACGUCCAUGGCGCCCUCUCUCGCGCGGACCGUACUUUCCGCAUUCAACCCUGAGCGCGACUGCGACGUGGACGCGGACUGCGACGACCAGCACGACUCUGGCGAAUCCGGGGACGAUAGCCCCCUCGAAUCGCCCACGCUGCGGCAUAGCGGUCCCCUCGACGAUCAGCAGCGCGCCUUCGUCGCUGAACUCAUCGGCCGGCGUGUCGACCGACGGCGGGAUUCGUCGUGGUCCGCCCGAUGGCGACGGUACUACAGGCCGCUGGGUAAACGCGCCUACUAUGCUUCUCUCUUCCACCUACUCGUCCUCAACUUCCCUUACGCGCUCCUCGCGUGGGUGUAUCUAUUCGUCUUCACCGUGGCGGGGACGACCACGCUUAUGGCGCUGCCUUUGGGGGCCGUCCUCUGCUUCCUAGAUCUUAUCGGUGCUCGUACGCUUUCGCGGGGCGAGGUCGCGCUGCAGACCACCUUCCACGGGCCUCUCGCGUAUUCCAAACCCAAUCCCCCGCCACCAAUAUUCGUGCGCACGCGCCCGCCGACAGUCGCAGAGAUGGAGCAAGGGCUUGGUCUCGUGCCCGAACAGUCGUUCUACCGCAACGCCUACGCGAUGUUCACGGAUUCGACGUCCUACCAGGCCCUCUUCUACUUCCUCGUGAUCAAACCAGGGAUCACCCUUCUUAUAUCUCUCCUUCUUAUCAUCCUCGUCCCGCUCUCGUUCGUUCUCGUCCUGCCUGCGCCCGCGACAUUGCGUCUCGCCCGUCGGCUUGGCAUCUGGCAAGCCAACAUCGGCGUAGAGGGCCUGUGCCUUGCCGUGCGGUAGGCGUGCAGGGCUGGUUGCGUUGAGGGUCGCCGCGACAUCUCCAAUGCUAUCUUACUGUAUCAAUACUUAUUUUUACAUAGCCUAGCCGGGGUAAAUCCGCAUUGUACAUGGUCAACAACAUGAUGGUACACAACAC